AUGGCAUCUCACACAGCAGACGAUUCGCUCAAGCAUGGAGCUAACCAUGUCGAGGAGGUGUUUGGCGUACAUGCCAUCGUGGAUGCUAAGCAUGCAUCCGAUGCUGAGCACAAUACACCGCUCAUGCAAGUUAUCAAGAGGAAUUGGAAAGCGAUUGCCUGGAGCAUGGUUAUGUCGAUGACUGUUGUCAUGGAGGGCUACGAUACUAUCCUGAUGUCAAGCUUCUUCGCCUAUCCUUCUUUCGCUAAGAAGUUUGGUGUAUACAACGUGGCUACCAACGACUAUCAGCUUACUGGUGCUUGGCAAACGGCUCUCAACAACGCUAGUAAUGUCGGUAUUGUUCCUGGUAUCUUCUUGAACGGAUGGCUCGCUGCCAAAUACGGCUACCGCAAAGUCAUCAUCGUGGCUCUCUUCUUCCUGAACGCCUUCAUCUUCAUCACUUUCUUCGCGCCAAACAAACCUGUCCUGGUCGUCGGUCAGAUCUUGUGUGGUUUCAGUUGGGGUGUCUUCGCGACGAUCGGGCCAGCUUAUGCCUCGGAGAUCGUUCCUUUGCAGCUACGUGGCUAUCUGACGUCUUACGUGAAUCUGUGCUGGGCUAUUGGGCAGUUCAUCGCCGCCGGCGUUCUCAAAGGUCUCGUCGCCAGAACCGAUCAAUGGUCUUACCGUAUCCCCUUCGCCGUCCAGUGGGCAUGGCCCGUACCCCUCAUGGUCGCCUGUUUCUUCGCUCCAGAAUCACCAUGGUAUAUGGUUCGCAACAAUCGACUCGACGAGGCCCAGCACAUCCUGAAGCGCAUCUCGACAAACAUCAACGAAGACGAGAUCAAAGGAACACUAGCAAUGAUGGUUCAUACCACCGAGAUUGAAGCUCAACUCGACAAUGUAGCUUCACAGACCUCCUAUCUACAAUGCUUCAAGGGCACCGAUCGUCGGCGAACGGAAAUUUGCUGCAUGACCUUCAUGGGCCAACUGUUUUCAGGCUCGUGCUUCGCAUAUACACCUACCUACUUUUUCCAGCAAGCAGGCAUCAAAGACACCGUAUCCUACAGUAUCGGACUUGGCGGCACAGCCGUAGCAUUCUGUGGCACAAUCGCGUCGUGGUUCAUCCUCGCGAACGUUGGCAGAAGGAAGAUCUACACCACCGGCAUGGGCGUUCUAUGUGCUUUACUCUUCAUCAUCGGCAUUGUGUCCUCAGCAAGCAAAUCCGACGACGUCAAAUGGGUCGCUGGAGCCUUGACGGUAGUCUGGCUCUUCACUUAUUCUUUGACCGUCGGACCUGUAGCUUACACCAUCGUCGCCGAGACCUCGGCCAUCCGCGUACGCGCAAAAACAGUCUGUCUGGCCCGUAACGCCUAUGCCUUGAUGAAUAUCGUCUGUUCCACUCUCGAAUCCUACUUCAUGAACCCAACCGAGUGGAACCUCAAAGGAAAAACCGCAUUCUUCUGGUUCGCAACCUCCUUCCUCACUUUCAUAUGGGCAUACUUUAGACUCCCUGAGGCCAAAGACCGUACCUACGAAGAGAUGGAUUUGUUGUUCACCAAAGGUGUUUCGGCGAGGGAGUUUGCCAAGUACAAGAUUGAUGCUUAUGCGGGUGCUGCUGUGGAUAGUAAAGCAGAGAUUUUGUAUGAGGAGAAGGUUGCUGCGGGUGAGAAGUAG